AUGGAUAAGCUUAAAUGUCUAGGAGAUGAGUUUUAUGGUUAUAACCAAACCAGGGCAGCUUUGUUCCCCACAUUGAAAACCUUAGGAUUUGUUUCUUGCCACGCUUUAAUUGAAUGGAAGGAAGCAACUGCGAUGUCAACAGUAGCGGUGUUUCCUCGCAUUGAGGAGUUGAGUCUCAAUUCUUUAAUGCAAUUGAAAAAUGCUCCCAGUCAUUUUCCAUAUCUCCGGAAGUUGAACAUACAUGUUCUUGACAAUGUCAUGCCAAUAGAAAACAUAUGCAGCCAACUAACCACUCUCACUUCCCUCUAUAUGCAAGGGAUUAAGGAGCUUACUUCUCUGCCAGUAGGGAUGGCGGAAAAGAACCGGAAUCUUUGGUCACUGAUUAUCGGCCAUUUUGAAAACCUGACGCACUUACCUGAUGGAUUGCAACACAAACUUCCUCUUCUUGAUGAGUUGUUUAUAUUAAGUUUCCCUAAUCUAGAGCUCAUUCCAAUUACAGAAGGCGUACCAUGUCUCCUAGAACUCAACAUUAAGGAUUGUAAGAAACUAUCAAGCUUACCGAGUGGGUUAAAAUAUUGCACCUCUCUUCAGAUGUUGAGUAUAAGUUGUUGCCCCAAUCUCACAUCAAUUCCAAUUCUACAAGUCCUCCCACCAUCCCUCCUUAUGUUGGAAGUUGAAUUUUGUGGUGCAUUAACAAGCUUAGCAGGUGGUCUUGAAUGUCUUACCACCCUUCAGCAAUUCACCUCCCUCCGCAAAUUGUUUAUUUAUGAUUACGAACUGGAAUCCAUCAAUAGUUCUCUGGAGGAGUUGUCUUUACUUGGUUGCACAUCCCUCUGUGAUUUGAACAUUCGAAAUUGCAAAGGGUUCACAAGUAUAUUUAGUGGGCUAAAAUCUUGUACUUCUCUUAAUUCACUGUGUGUUAAUACUUGUCCAGAUUUGAUGCAUUUACCGAUUGAUGGGCUGCAAACCCUUGUCUCUCUUGAGGAGCUGAGAAUAUGUUAUUGCCCUAAUCUAGAAGCUGUUCCCAGUUUGAACAACCUGACAUCCCUUCGUGAGUUGCACAUUUGUAGCUGCGGAGGAUUGACAAGUAUACCAAGUGGGCUAGCCUCCUGCACAUCUCUUACCAAUUUGUCACUCGACUCAUGCCCCAACUUGGUAUCUAUUGCAGAGGAUGUAUCUAGGCUACAAUCCCUAACUCGUUUACAAAUAUUUGAUUGUGGGAAGUUACAAUGUUUGCUGACUGGCCUGCAGUUUCUGACCCGUUUGGAACAUCUAACAAUUCGUGAGUUCUCAGAGAAGCUUGAUUGUUUCCUUGAUUUUGAGGCUCCACCAAGAGUUCAAAAAAUAAGGUUGUGGGGAUGGCCAAAGCUCAAGUCUCUACCUCAACAAAUUCAACACUUCACUUCUCUCACAUCUUUGUUUAUAAUAUCUUUUAACCAAGUGGAGACUUUGCCAAAGUGGUUAGGUAACUUUACAUCUCUUACAUUCCUGGGUAUUCAGAGGUGUGAGAAUUUGAUGUAUCUACGUCCGAUCAAAGCUAUGCAAUGCCUCGACAAUUACAAGAGCUAG